GUCGGCGCCGCUUUCAAAAAUUGAAGAGUUCAAGCUAAGCCAGGUGCAGGCCGAGGUUGAUGCCUACUCUUCAGAUUCAUUCCUGACCUGUUCAUUGAUCCUCCAUCACCAUGGCAGAGGAGGAGGAAGGGCUUUUGUCAAUGACAUCAUCAAUGACGUCAUCAGCAAACUUGACCGUGAAUCCAUUUGAUACAGCUAGUCUUGACAGCAUGCAUCUACCUGCAUUCAGCCCAUCUGUAUUCAAGUCUAGUCAGGACACGCCCUGUAGCAAGAAGAAGAGUGGCUUUCGGUGGUCUAUCGAUCAGAUGUCUCUGCUCUUCCCAGCUGAUAUAGACGAGUUACCCCAACAACAGGAUGCAUCAUUCAUCCCAAAAGAGAAAGAAGAACAGGUCCAACAAGCAAUUAAUCAGUUCUUCUCGCAGAAAGUAGUUGUCCCGUCACCCUGGUCAGAAUCCAAGCCAAUGAAACAGGUCACGUUCUCACCCAAACCACCAACUGUUAGCAUUUUAAGUGAGCACUCAGCGGAUAAUUCCCUUUGUUCAUCAACGAAUGGAUCCUUCCUUGGAAGUGUGUCGGGAAAGGUUGAUGUGAGCUGUCAGACGGCCAUUACUCUUCCACUCAAUUUUGAUUUGGAAGCUUUUCUUGGAAAGGGUCGCUUCAUGUACACUAAAUCCAGCGUGGAAUCGUUCCCCGUCGCUCCCCUGCGCCGCAAACUCUUCACACAGAGUGAGUCCAGCUCCAAUGGAGUGCCCUCGGCCAGCCCUCUAUCGGCUAGUAGCAGGGAGAGCGGGCCGUUCUCCCCCUCCAUCUCACCAAUCAAGUCCAGUGAGGAGUGCAGCCCGACAGACUACGGACGUAUGCCGAAGACCCCUAAUUCAGUUGAGAGCCAGUUUUCGUCUAGUCCAAUAGCUCGUUACAGGACCACCCCAAUUAGACCAGUCCCUCAUGUACAACUCCAAGCAUCACCCCUGUGUGGGAAAAUGGAUUCUCCUUUGAUGUCGCCAAUAAGAGAAGCUCCACACAGUAAAGGUCUACCACCAAGUCCUAUUAUUGCACCCAGCCCCGUGGAGUCUCUCAGUAAUGGUGACCAUAUCUCACCCUUAAUUAUCAAGGGCAACUCACUCUACCAAUCCACAAAGCCUUCCGAUAACAUGAUGGAAACCAGUCUCUCCAAGCCUGAUAUUCCCGAGUUCAGACCCCACAUGGCUGAGGUAGGAGGAGAUGAAAAUAUAGGGAUGGAGAGAAGGAGAGACUUCUCUCAAGAGUUUAGCGGAACGGACGAGAAUAGAAGAGAAGGGGACGGACAGAUUGACCUAAGGAAUGAGCCUCCUCACAAGGGGAUCGACGAAUUUGUUGAUAGGACCGACAGAGAGGAAGAAUUCGCUCACGGAUCGAUAGAAGAAUUUGAUGAGCACGAUGGAGGCGGAGGAGGGGAUGGAGAUGCGAUGGAGAGAAGGAAGGAUUUCACGCUUGGCUUGACCAGAGAGUUGAGCCCCAUACAGAGGAUUGGUGACCAUAUCUCAAUGCUAAAUGAACCAGGUUGUUCAUCAAGACUACAUGGUACUCAAGAAGAGAGCAGUAUGGAUACCAGUCUCAUGAGUAACAGGGGUCACAUUCAGGAGGACAUUCAUGCUAGCAGUCCACCGAGGCAGAACAUACCAUGUGACUUCUCGCUGGAAGCCAGUACUGCCAUCAGCCCUAUACCAAAGACUGGUGAUCUACCAAUCUCCCCUGUCAGGACUGAAGAAGGCGUAUCCAAAGACAGGGUCAAUGCCCAGUCUUUCAGAUCCAAGGCACGACACAAGAUGGUCUCCUUCCACAUCGGGACAGAAUUCAGCCCUAUAAGGUAUCCGGAAAGCGGUGGUGAUCCUUUCUCGGGGCAAGGCAUGCCAAUCACGUCGUCACGAGUGCACGAUAGCAACGCGGAACUGUUGAUGGAAACCAGUCUGUUUUCCCUGGAUGGACGAGAAGAGGUUGGGGGUGUUCGGCUAGAGAGAGUGGAGAAUCUUGAAAACGAUGCGGGUAGUAAGGUGACAAAGUUCUUGCGGACAGGUCCUCAAGAAGAUGCUACAGGGUUAGAAUCGGUGGAUGAUGUAUCAGCAGCGGGGACCGGUGAUGUUCCGCAGAGAGAAAAACAUUUUGAGUCAGGUUGUGAAGAGCUUAGGGAAAACCUUAUCAAAGUUUCUAAAUAUGGUGGGACAAAAAAUGAUGGUUCGGACUGCAAGGACGAUUUCGCUUCUUUUGCUGAAGACAUUGCCUCCCAUUAUCCUGCAAAGCCAAAGAUGUUUGUGAGAACUUCAAGUGCUCUGGAUGGUGCUGUGUCCAACUCCAGCAGGUCGACCGAGUCAUGUGAUCAAUCCAGUGCAUCCUGGGUUGGGAAAGCCUGUUCCUCGUCUCUGAAGCAUGGGAUGCGUUCAGGAGAACAAUCAUAUCCAUUCCAGAGCCCCACGGUACCAGCAACGUGUCUGACAUCGACCAUGCGAUACGGCACGCUAUCUUUCAAUCCACCGUUUGGACUGCCUGUCAAGGGUGAUCAAAGUGCCAUCUCAGCAAUGGACCUUAGUUCUGUAUCCUUGAUAGCGAAUGCAUCUCCCAAAAAGGAUACCCCAGAAACGUGCAAAGGUGGGCAAUUCAAACAAGAGUCUUCCAAAAACCUGAGGUUUGAUGAAGUGCAAUUCUUUGACAGGGUUGAGGAUUGUCGGAUGCAGACGUCUUUUACAAAGAAGUCCGCCCCGAGCUGUAUGACAACAAGCCGGAGCUAUGACUCUUUGAGGAAGUAUGCAGAGGAGAGAGAAAACACAGAUGUCCAGGAAGAUUGGCUAAUGCUGUCUUUAUCCGAGGCAGAUCUUCAGAGCCAUAGAAGGGACUCUGUCGGAACACUUUCAUCAAGCUUGCUCCAUCAUUGUGAAGAUAGGGAACAUUGUCCUACCAUGCCACAAGCUCACAUCUCCCAUCCCGUCUUUCAAAGAAGUACCUCAGAUCCGCUUCCGUACCAAGAGGCUGACAUGCAGGAAGGGCCUAUCUCAUUGGACCUUCCACAUAGUCAUCCUGCCCAGGAUAAUCCUGCAAAAACUGUAAGCCUCCAAAAUAAGACUCCUCACUCCAGUCCGGCCAUGGAACAUGGUAAUUUAACCAACCUACAUUCCCAUCAGAAACUCUUGAAUGACGCCAACAGGCAUGAAGAACACAUCUCAGGCGAUAUCAGCAAAGCGGAAGCAACACCUUUAAGGCCUAUCUCAGUGAAUCUCCUUGCUCAGGUAACCAGAACAGGAGUUGAUAGUGGGUACAAUACACACUGUGCAAAUGUCUCUAUGGACCUUGGAGAUGUCGAGAACAGUACUUGAUGGGGACGAAACAAGGCAGUGACACAUCUGAGCCCUGUCUUACAAAGAGUUACGAUUGAUCUGAUCAACCAAAAAUAUGGAUGACAAGCAACAUCAAAUUAUGCAUGUUCAAAAUAUUUUCUUGAUACAAUGUGAUAUAUGAUUCACUUUUUUCUUUGAAAUUUAGAAUGCUGCUCUUUUGCUUGCAAAAGACGUGCUAAUUUCUUGUAACAAAAAUUAUGACUCUGAUGGAUUUCCAUUUAGUUGAGGUUGAUCAUGUCACCCGCAACUCUUUGUAAGACAAGGUAUUGGAUAGCAUUUGACACUUUUCCUUGACUUUUAUUGUGAAUGUAUUUACUGGUAUCAGACAAAGAAUACAUGUGCAUGUGUGUCAUAUAUCUCUCUCAGUCAAAUACACUUGAAAUUAUCGAAAAGAUGGGAUAUUUGUGAAUUUGACUUGCAUGUAUGUAUAUAGCACUAGUGUAUACAUACUUAUAGAUGUGGGAGGGCUUGGAGGCCCAUGGUCUAAGUCUGGCCUAAAUUAUGGGAAGCUGUCAGAGUGUCAAGAAUUUGUUCAAACUGUAAUUCUAUUUGUGUUUAUUGGGAUCCUUCCCAUGGUUCAUUGGGGAAGAAAACUAUUGUAUUUAUCAUUCAAGAAUUUUGUUAAUGCCUUAUGGUGAAGUCAUAUCCCACUUUCCCUGGCCUGACAGUUGUCCUAGGAUGAGCAGACCAUCGUACAAAGAGUUACGAUUGAUCCAAUCAAUCUCAACUGUAUGGAAAUUCAUUCACACCAUAAAAUUUUGUAUGGGAAAUGUGCACAAUCUCCUUAGUAAGCAAAGAGAAUCACACUGAAACUUUAAGAAAACGAUGAAUGCUUGAACAUACAUGAUAUCUAGAAAAUAUUUUGACAAAUUUGCAUUUUAGAUGUUGACGUUGCUGGCGGUCCAUAGUUGUGAUUGAUCUUAUUGAUCUUAACUGUUUGUAAAACGAGGCCCUGAAGAAUUUCUUGCUAGUACACGACUUUGCUUUCCCGCAAAGAUGUCUCUGUUACGCAUUUUUCAAGUGUUUUUCAGAAAGUACGGGGUCAGCAAAUAUAAAUCCACUCCCCAAAAAGCCAAAGCACUUGUGGCUUCCAGAAAUUGAGGGUGGUGCUGGUUUUACAAUAUUUUCUCAUUUAUGAUGGAUUCAUAAAUGAACAUUAUUACAUUACAAUUACUGGGUAACAAUUAUAGAUAUAUUUUUGUCUCGCCCACCGGAGGUGAAGGCGAGACUAAGGGAUCCAAAUAUCGUCCGUCUGUCACAAACCUGUAAUGACACAUAACUCCACAACCGUAUGUCGCUUUUCAAUCAAACUUGGAUGGUAGAUGGACUU